AAACCCUUCAAAAGCCCUAAAAUGCACCCGUGAUUGAUACCGCUGCGGCGAAAGUUUUUUCCCGGCGAGAAAAUGGCGUUUGUUUCCAGUUUCCGGCGCAUAUUCAGUGGACCCAACAGCCUCUCGUCGCAGUCCUUUUGGGUUCGUCACUGUUCAUUUCUCACAUCUCCUAAGCUCUUCGUCAGCGGUCUCUCUCGAGCCACAACAGAUGAAAAGCUUCAAGAAGCUUUUUCUCCCUUUGGGAACCUUGUAGAAGCUAAAGUCAUCACGGACAGGGCGACUGGGAGAUCAAGGGGAUACGGUUUCAUCACAUACUCGUCGGUGGAAGAAGCUGAGAAGGCGAAGGAAGGGAUGAACGCAAAGUUCUUGGAUGGUUGGGUGAUAUUCGUGGACCCUGCCAAACCCAGAGAGCCUCGACCACUUCCUCGCCAGCAGCAGGAUGAUCCUUCAUCUUCUGGACAUGGUUUCACAACGAACAAAACCGUGGGGUGGUGCGGAUGAAUUCCCAACCAUUUCAUCCCUCUUUGGAUCAACACCUUCAUAGUUGAAUUGAGAUUCUUGUAUUGGUGAUGGCUCUACUUGUUUAUUCCAGUCAUUUGGUCUCUCAACAGUCUCUUCUCUUCGGCAGCCCAACAAUGGUAAGAUUGCUGCAGAUAUUGUUUCUCUGUUACCAAAUUUAAGAUUGUAAUUCAGAAUCUGAAUCUAUUAAAUCUCUUAACUUGUUGGGUCGAGAUUGAUCAUUUGAAUUAAAUUAUACAACCUCGAUUCAUA